UAUUGUCAAACUCGACGAUCUCGCGCACAACUUCACGUCGCAUCUCAUGCGCCAAAUGUCAUUGCCAGCAGAGUAAUGGCGGACGACUGCUCGUAUGAAGAUAGUCUGUUAUCGACGCACGUCCAUCGUAAUCCGUAAAUUUUAUCAACUUUCCCUACUACUUCCACUUGAGACGACGCGAGAAAAAUCGCGUGUGUUGCGUGCAGAGAGCUCGAGUAUUCGUGAAGAGCAGAGAGCGAAGAGAGAAACGGAAUCAAGAAAAUCCAGAUGACGCCAGGCUAAUGCGCAACUUCGGCGACGCGAGAGCGUGAAAAUCAGUGAAAGUGUAAGAAUAAUCGGGAGCACGGACUCGAUGCUUCCCACAUCUCCGCAUCGCGUCGAUGUCGAGCGGAUGAACGUGGUCCUAUCCACGAAUACAUCGACCUCAUCCGCGACACGUCGACGAACGGACGCGGAAUGAGGCUGAAGCAUGGAGAACAGAACAUUGAGUAUGAUGAUGUACAACUUUGAGAUAGAAGAUGAACUCGACCAGCGUCACCAAUGAUGAUAAUGUUUAUGAUGGAUGAUGAACAGUACGCAUUGGAGGCUGAUAAGACACGUCCAUUCGAGAUAUAUGAUCAGUGGGGCUUGGAAACGAUCCCAACAAGCAGAGGAGUUACAUGUUAAAAGGAAUACUCGAGGAAUAUUACAUAUGAUUUGCAUGUCGGCAAGAAAUCAUCAUAAACGAUGGAUCUCUGAGUCCGCUUCAGUGACUCCCUGAUGCACUUCUGGAUCAACAAACCGGCAGGCAGGUACUACGGCUUCAGUGGCCGUCGAUACCCUGCCACACCUGCGCCCAAAUUACGCAACCAAUGUCGGACUGUCGGCGAAUUUAGGCAAAUGGUGACUCCCGUGCAUCGAUUUCAGGGCCUCACAGGUAACCUCGCAGCUGGAAACGCAUCGUCAGCAGGACCUAGUAAUGUCAAUAAUUCCUGUCGAAGCAUCGUCACUCGAUCGACGACGACGUCCGCGCGAAUCCAUAACAACGAGAACCGUCAUCACGGUUCGUCGUCACUCAGCGCCGCCCAACUCGCCCAGCUAAACAACAUCCCCAACAAUGUCACCGACGCUAGCAACAAUCAACUGAUUCUGUCUAAUACGACCGGAGCGAAUAAUACAGAACGGAACAGAAGCCUAUUAACAGAGAGCGUCUUCGAAUUACGAGAGGCCGAACUGGCUGGUUUCCGACUACGCUGUGGUGUCUGGUCCACCUUUGCUUUAGCAACAAUCUUCGUGGCGGCCGCCAAAUUCUAUUUCGGUUAUAGAGGGCCCGGCCUGGAGAUUCUUGUGUUUUGCGGAUUACUAAUACUACUGCUCUCCGCUUGUUUGUAUUCGAUCUUCUGCCGAUAUCAUCGCGAAAGUCAUUAUCACGGCGGUCGAUCAGAGCAUAACGCUCGUAUGCAGGAAGAUCAUAUUGUCGCCCUAACAAACGCAUCGAGUAUUGGCGAGAACGUCGUUAGUAGAACGACAAUGUUGCCGGCGUCGACGAUGAUGCCGGCAACGACAGUGUUGCCGACGAGAACGAUGUUAGCGGCGUCGACAAUGAGGCAAAAUCCGCCUCCACCGCCUUAUCACAUCGCUAUCUUGAUACCACCACCAUCACCACCACCACUUGCAUCCUCAGACGAAGCACCACCACCCUCUUAUGACAAAGUCAUGCGAUGAAAUCUUAUGUCGACGUGGCAUAAGAAUCGAACUUGAGACUUAUUAAUUCUUCCUUCGAUAUUUUUGUGUCCCCUACAUAUUGCGGCACAAAUCAAUUCUCUAGUUUUAAGCAACGUUCACGUCUGUGAUAAGAGCGCAAUGAUGAUGACACAUCGAUAAUACAUCGGGGAUUCAGUUUGGGGAAAGAAAAAAAUUCACGCGGCGAUAUUUUUUAGUGGGCAUUACGGAGGAGAUCCGCGCUCCGCCAAUGAAUUUCCGUUUAGUGCGGGUAAACUGUAUUCUAAUCUUUUUAUACUUUACUAAAAAACUGUGUGAUAUAUUUAACUUAGGUUAGCUAUAGCGCAGUGCGCUACUAUAAACUUAAUCGAUCCAUUCGUUUAUUCUUCCAAUUAGACAACCGCUAUAAUCGAAUGCGCUCGAUAAAUAUAAUUCCAAGAAUUCGCAGGAAUCAUUAUGUUCGAUUACUCGGUUGUUAUAAUCUUAUUGAAUGAUAUAUGAAAAUAACUGUCUUAUUACAUAUACACACGAAAGCAUUCGCAAUAUGCAAGAAAAUAAACGCACGAAUUCAAACGUAAUUUGAGCCUGGAUAUCAAAUUUGCAAAAUGUGCAUUUGGCUCGUUCGCCACUUACAAUAAGCUGGUAAAAAUAGGCGCGUUUGGCGUACAGAUUCAAUUAUCAAAUAAGUAUAAUGUUCACCAAACGCGCUCGUUAUCCAAUAUCAUAUGUAUGUACGAUAUAAAUUACGUGCUUUACGACAUACGAACACGCACAUACAGCGUUUCAUGAUAGUUAUAUAUAAUACGGAGAUGUUAGCAAACUAUGAAUUGUGCAAAAUACACGAUUUUUUAUUUUUUAUUUUUUUUGCGUGAAUGUACGCAUGGGAGAAUAAUAGAAAGAAAAUGUGUGUGCAUAUAUGUAUGAUCGUUUAUAUCAUAAUUCUGUAUUUAAGGACAGUUACAUAUAAUACAUACUGAUGCGAGAUCCCAUUUUGAAUGUUCUUCGUAACUGUAAGUCGCAAAUGUACUGCGAUGUACAAAACUUAUCGUCCUUUCUAACUGCACUUACAAACAAUCUCGUUUUUUACAUUGAA